AUGGCAACAUCACCCACGCUGUCCAAGGCCGCGGCGUCCACCAUACUACACGACCGCACAGCAAAGGAGUACUGCGAUCUCGAGCUCAUUAUUCCUGGCGAGAAAACCAUAUCGGUUCACAAGGUUGUGGUGUGCCCACAGUCAUCCGUUCUCGCAGCCGCUCAAGUACACGAUGCUUCUGAUAGCCCCUAUACCAUCAAUUUCGACGGCGAAACAACCGAGCGCGUGGUUGAAUAUCUGUACACCGGAGAGUACACCUUGGGACGAAGUCCAAUAUAUGUAGGGUUCAGCGACUACGACGAGAUCAGUAGUCUCACUCUAUCUGCUCAUUGCCAAGUUGUUUCUCUGGCAUUGCAGCUGAAGAUAUCCGCACUUGCCAGCAAAGCUGUCAACUACAUCGAAAUGGAGCUUCGAUUGAAAGGAGACUUGCUCAAUUUUCUGGACCAUAUCCCGUUCGUGUACUCGAUUAGCGGCGAGACAGGUGUCCUGUUACAGGACGUUAUUGUCAAAGCCACCCGGCGCUGCUUUGGUCCCAAAUUUGCCACCGGCGGAAACGGACGGAAGCUGCUGGAGGAUGCGUUUGCACAGACCCCAGCCUUUGCAAAGGGGGUUCUCGAUUCAUGCGUCGUCAUCGAUGCCCACGGUCUCAAAGCACCCGAUGUCAUAUAUAAAGAAUAUCUGUGA